UUGUUGUUUUGGGGAAUCAGCCGGAUGUCGUCGAGAGUUUAGGAAAAUAGUUCUGAUUUUAAGUGUUUUUAUAUCAUUACAUGGGGUAAUGAUAGAAAAUUCGGCAUUAAAAGAACAAUGACUUCCACCAAAUUCAUAAUCUGUGCCAUGUGUGGUUUGCCAGCCUCGGGAAAGACAACUUUAUGCCGACUUCUCUCCGAGCUCGCGACUGUGAGAGGCGUCGCCGGCGCCGGUGAGGGAGCGGGAGGAUGGCCAGGCACCGCCGAUGUUGUGCAUUUGUGUUACGAUAAAAUCAUUCCACAGAAUCUCGAUCCGACUGUCCAGCUCGUCUCAUCAAAUAACUCCCAAGUACAGCAACAUACUCUAUGGAAGGAAUACAGACAUCAGAUCAUUGAAUGUUUGGAUUUCAUCAUCGGAGAAGUGAUACAGAAACAGAGGACACUGCUUCAAGUCAUUUCAAAUCUUCAAAUUGGCAGCGGUAUUCCUUCAAAUGAUGUCCAAGAUAUUUCAUCUGUACAGAGAGAAGUAUGGAUGAAGAUGGCUGAUUGUCUAUCAGGAGAAGCAGUUCAAGGAAAUGAUAAAGAACGUUGUGUCAUCAUCCUAAUUGAUGAUAACAUGUUUUACAGAAGUAUGAGAUACAACCUCUAUCAGCUUGCCCGCAAGUAUUCUACUGGAUUUUGUCAGAUUGGGUUUGAAUGCAGCACAGAUGUUGCCAUCAAAAGAAACGUGAGGAGAAAGGCUAAAAUUCCUGAAGAAACAAUUAUUACCAUGGCAACAAAAAUAGAGCAACCUGAUGCAAGUAAAGCACCUUGGGAAGCAAACUCAAUCCUAAUUGAAGCUGAUGAAGAAUUUGACCACUUUAUUCUUGGGUCUGUAUGGAUGUUACUGCUGUCAUCGUUCCUCUCUCCUGUUACGCCUCUUAUUGAAGAAGAUCUUGAAGCUAAGGAACAGAGCAGAACUGAAUGUGCUUCUAGUCUCCUUCACCAGGCUGAUCAAGUUCUGAGAAAAUACAUUUCUCAAACUAUAACAUCAUCAAAAGAUGAACUAUCAAGUACUAAACUGAGAGACCUGGCUUCUGCUCUGAACCUCGGCAAGACAACAAUACUUGAUGAACUAAGGAAAGGUAGUCUUACUCCACCAGACCUUCCUGCUGAUGCAGAGUCAAGAGAAAACUUUGAAGACUUUUUAAAAAACUGUUUAAGGGGCAAGAUGGCAAAGUAAUUGCUACAAAGGUCUAUAUGUGACAUCUACAUUGUAUUAUGUUAGCUUUCCUUGAUUCUGAUUGGCUGAAAGGCACUGUUACGUGUACUAUACAAGUGACUGUCGGAUGAAACAGAACUUGUCAGAUAAAAUGUCUGACAGUCCUGUCAUGAAAUUCUCCCCUGGACUGCUUAAACAGUGUCAGGCUGGUGGUCCAUACAUAUACCUGCUGACCUAUUCGUGGAUGCAAAAUCAUUUUAGGAGUAGAAUUCGAAAUCCGAUACUUGUAGAUCAAAAUGUGUUCUCUUAACAAGCAUCUGCAAAGUCCAUUUUUCUGGGAAAUUUAGUAAGGAUGAUAGUACAUUCACUUCCACUUUUUCCAAACAGGAAUAAUUUGAGGGAUCUCAUUGAGCAUAAGAUUGGGUCACAUGUUUACUAUCACAAACAAAUUUUGAAUCACCACCUUAUUUCCCUACCCAGGAUGCAGCAUUUUGAUCAUGAAGUCUUAUUGUAUAUACCCAAUAGAAUGACAUUAUAUUUGUCAAUUUAACUCUUUGAAAUAUUCAUACCACAAUCUAUUGCUAUGGAACAAAAAGAUCAGAUAGACCCAAAGUAUUCUCUUUUUUCUGUUAGAGAUCAUUAGCCAUCACCUUACCCGACUUCUUAAUAUAUACGAUUUGUUUAUUUCUUUUAAUCAAAAGGUAUACCCCGGGUAGGUACAAAGACCAGUCCCAUGCAUGAAAGUCUUUAGAGCCCCCCCCCCUUCUGUUUAAUCAGAUUGCUUUGGCGACAAUUGCUCCGC